UAUAAAAAAGUUCAUUAUUAUUGAUUGAGAGAGAAAAGAUCAAAAGAAGUCGUUUUCUCUCUUCUUCUUCUCCCCCACCACCUUUUUAGCGUUUCUUAGAUCUCUCCUUCUACAAAUCUCUCGUCUUCUUCAACGAUCGUCUUCUCAGUAUCAUACUUAAGCAAUGAAGUCAGGAGGAUCAUCUACGUUGAAUCCAUACGCUGCAGCUUAUGUACCACUCUCCAAAAGAGAAGGUUCUUUGGUUGGUGGUGGUGGUGGUGCUGCUGCUAAGCCGUCUGCAUACCAUCAUCAAGUGCAGCAGCAGCAACCUCAUCAUGUAGCUCAAGGUUAUGGAGUCCAAGGAAUGGGGGGAAGUUAUCCGAGUCCUCAAAUGUCCUCCUUGCCUAAGAAAGCUUCUGACAUGGUUUACAAUCAUCAGAUGAAGGAUGAGGAUUUGGAGAUGGACAUGGAUAUUGAGUUCCUUUUGGUCACAUUCUCUGGUCUCUCACAUGAGUCUAUCAACGAUGUGUACUUGGCUAACAGCUGUGAUCUUGAUGCAACUAUCGAAAUGCUAAACCAGCUCGAGAUUUACAGUACUGAAGCUCAGGCGUACCUCCCAGACACAUUGGACAUUGGCGAUGUACCUGAAACCAUCACCGAGCCUUCAACCUCGACAGCUUCGAAACUAAAGAAUGAAGCAAGUGCAUCGUCGUCAUCGUCCUCUGGUCUCCACAACGCCCAUGUACCCUCCUCCUGAUUUGAUGAGUCCUUAAAAAUGUGAAGUUUCUUGCGAAUGGAUGAUGAUAUUCUUAGGAGAUCUCUUUCUAUAUUUCUCCCCACUUUGUUUCUGGGGGAAAAGAGAGUACAAUGUAUAGUUUCUUCAGUUUGAGAAUUGGGAUUUGUUUUUUUUUAUGUGGUUUUAAGAAAAAGCUAUGAAUCAGCGUUCUGCUCUUUUGGCCA